AUGGCCAGACCUCGUCACGCCCGUGCCAGAUCUCGAUGUCGUAUCAGGGCCAGAGCCAAAGCCGCCCUGGUCGUGAACAUCGUCGAACGACCUUGCCAACGCUGCUUCCUCCGUAGGGAGAAGGUCCCAAGCCGCAUCCCGGACGAGAUCAAGCCCGCGGUUGAUUCUGCGCUCAAAUUGGAAGGACGGGCACUGACUGACCAAAUCAGAUUCAUUCGCCAAGUAAUCAAGGUUCAAACUAAGAACAUUAACAUUGCGAAGAGACAGGCAGCGGAGAGAGCGAAGGAUGACGGUGCAGCUGCCGAACAGUUGCAACAGUCGUUGAGGACAUCUUUGUUGUGUCGAAACGAAAGUCUCCAGCCGUCGAUAGAGAACAGAUGA